AUAGAGAAGAAGAGGAGCAGAAUGUAUGUUACACAAACCACAAGGUCACAACCACUGAGCUGUUGGAGACAUGGCCACAGCAUAGUAAUGUCCCAUGACGAGUUAAGGCUUAUUGGCACUUCAGUUCAAAUGGAAGUACAGGACCAUGAAUCUAAACUUGAGGACUUCAUAUGGAACUUUAGCAAAACAAAAAAUGUGAUAAAAUAUUAUAAUGACAAUAAAAAAAUUAAAGUAAACCCCUCCUUUGAAGGAAGAGUAGAGUUCAAUAUUGAAACCUACAGUCUGACACUGAUGAACUUGCAGAAGAGUGACAGUGGACAGUAUGAAGCACAAACAUCUGAUUUCAAGGACAAGACAGUUGCUAUGUACAAUCUCUCUGUGUUGGAUCCAGUGGACUCUCCUGUCCUUACUAUUGUUCCUGACCAACAAAUUGGUGAUCCCUGUAAUAUAAAUCUCACCUGUAAAGGUCAUGGCCUCUCAGUCUCCUCUAGCUGUUUUAAUGAAAACUGUGAGGAGAAAGAAAUGACAUCACCCGAAGGUACCUUUUCCUGUCUGUUAGACAGCAGCUCAAUCAUCUGCAACAUUAGAAACCCAGUCAGCUGGAACAUGAGUGUCAUGGAGAUGAAAGACAUCUGUCAUCCUGAAGAUCCAGUGGAGACUCCUGUCCUUACUACUGUUCCUGACUAG